UUGUUGGGUAUAUUUGGCCUGUCAGGAAUCUUACCCCCAAAAAAAAAGCUACAUGAAACAGCAACGCUAGUGACUGGCAGAAUUAAUAGAUUCCAAACUGCAUAUUCUAGCGAACUAAGAAGAAGAAACACAGAAAACUGGAAGCACCAUGGCUACAGAUUUCAAGUUUAUCCCUCUUAUAGAGUUUGAGCCAGAGUUAAACGAGUUUUGCUGAGCCGAACCUAUAGAUGUGAGUCCUCUUUUGGAGAAGUGGGAUCAUCCAAAUAUUACUCAAGAUGAAGGUGUAGCUCAAGUUGUUAGGCAAUUAGAUCAGGCUUGUAGAGAAGCUGGAUUCUUUUAUGUGCCUAAUUUUUGGUUUUAUCCAAUUUGCAAUUUUGGGGAAAUAGUGUGCUGUCACUGAGAAAGAAGCUAAGCUUUUACUAAGUUUAAGUUGGAUCUUUCAUAUAAAUCAAUUGAUUGUUGUAGGAUUAGUGUCCAUUUGAUCUCUACUGUUGUUUGUUCUGCAAUCUUGCAGAAGGGCCAUGGUAUUCCUGAUUCCCUUAUGAAAGAUAUUAAAAGCAUAGCACGCGAAUAUUUUCAUCAACCGUAUGAAGAGAAAAUCAAGAUCAAACUCUCUGCAGAAACUGGAUACAGAGGAUACCAAAGAAUUGGAGAGAAUGUAACCAAAGGCGUACCUGAUAAACAUGAAGCUAUUGAUUGUUAUAGAGAAGUGACUCAUGGGAUGUAUGGAGGUCUUGGAGACGUUAUGCAAGGAUCCAACAUAUGCAGGCCAAGUAAUCCUCCAAAUUUCAAGCAGUUAAUGGAGGUGUAUAUUGACCGCUGCACAGAUCUAUCACGAAAGAUAAUGAGAGGAAUUGCUCUGGCAUUGGGUGGAUCAGCUGAUGAAAUGGAGGGUGAAAUUGGUGGUGAUCCAUUUUGGGUCUUUCGAAUAAUUGGUUACCCUGCUGCGUCCAUUUCAAAUGGACAUGAUAAGGCUCACAAUGAUGUUGGAUGUGGCGCCCAUACAGACUAUGGCCUAUUGACAUUAGUCAACCAGGAUGACGGUAUCAUUGCCCUUCAGGUGAGAAAUAAAUCGGGAGAGUGGAUAUCAGCACCACCUAUCCCCGGCACAUUUGUGUGCAAUAUAGGAGAUAUGUUGAAGAUCUUAUCAAACGGAAUUUAUGAAUCAACAUUGCACCGGGUUAUCAACAACUCUCCCAAAUAUCGUGUUUGUGUGGCCUACUUUUAUGAGCCUAACUUCGAUGCUGCAGUAGAGCCACUGGAUGUGUGUUUACAGAAGACUGGUGGCACCAAGAAUUUUGAAGGAGCUGUUUAUGGGAAGCAUUUGGUCAGCAAAGUCACCACCAAUUUUAUUAUGUAGAGAUUGAGCCAAGUCUGAAUCCAUCUCCUCUCUUGCCUGGUUUUGUUAAGAAAAUAAGAAGGUACUUGUGUACAUUAUGGAUACUGUGUCUUGUAUGGGCCUCAGCUUCCCUAUCUAUCUCCCCACAGGAAAAAAAGAAGAGAAAAAAUGUAAAUGGAAUAAAAGUAAGGUUGUAAACCCUUGAAAAUAACAGCAUAUCCCGUGUAAUCUUAUGAAUGAAGUGUUGGGAGUGUAGAGUGUGAUGGAGGUUGUAUCAAAA